UUUGCCGUUGUAACCGAGCGGAUGUUUACUCCCUGUCACUCGGAGAUAACCUUCCCCUUGGCCGGUAAUGCAUUAACAAACUGUCAUCACUGAGCAAGAAUGAAGUGUUUUGUGGUGUUGCUUGCUCUUUCGGCUGUCACAGCUGCAUGGCAAGGACCUUUCCGGAAGUUUUUAUCGAGUGGUGCUGACCUUACGAUUCCAGCAGAAGAUUGGGAAGAUGCUGGGAAACCCCUCUUCCUUACCCCCCUUUUGGAAGCUGGGAAAGUUAAGGAAGCAAGGUCUUUAAGUCGUGUCAGCAUGGGACAUCGCCACGGACACAGUUUCUCCGGUUAUUUCACUGUCAACAAAGAGUACAACUCCAACCUCUUCUUCUGGUUUUUCCCUGCGCGAUCCAAGCCGGAUAAUUCCCCAGUCUUGGUGUGGCUUCAAGGGGGCCCAGGUGGCUCUUCCCUCUUUGGUCUUUUUGCCGAACACGGACCGUUCACCAUUGACCAACACCUUCACAUCGUUCCCCGCAAGUAUCCCUGGACGAAGACUCACAACAUCCUCUACAUUGACAACCCGGUGGGGACAGGGUUCAGUUUCACAGAAAACGAUGCAGGGUAUGCCAGGAACCAGACAGAUGUAGGCCGUGAUCUGUAUGCGGCAGUUCUGCAGUUUUUCACCCUCUUCCCAGAGCUGCAACGGAAUAGCUUCUUUGUUACUGGAGAAUCAUAUGCUGGGAAAUAUGUUCCUGCUUUAACUUACACCAUUCACAAGGAGAACCCGACAGCAAAACUCAAAAUUAACUUAAAAGGCAUGGCGAUUGGCGAUGGCCUGUGUGACCCUGUGUCAAUGGUCGACUACGGGGACUUCCUGUACCAGGUUGGCCUUAUCGAUGACUUAGAUCUCAUCUACUUCAAGGAGGAGAGUGCCAAGGCCGUGGAUUUCAUCAAACAGCAAGAGUGGAUCAAGGCCUUCGAGGUGUUCGAUAGUCUCCUGAAUGGGGACAAAACGGAAGGCCCGUCGUACUUCACCAAUGUCACGGGACUUACAAACUACUUCAACUUCCUAGCACAAGGGGAACCUAAGGACAUGAGUUACUGGGAGCAGUACGUCAACCUCCCUGGCGUGCGAAGGGCUAUUCAUGUUGGUAAUCUGACUUUCAAUGAUGGCUCUGUGGUGGAGACCCACCUCAUGGAGGACAUCAUGAAAAGUGUGAAGCCGUGGAUUGAAGAGUUGUUGGACAACUACAAUGUGUUGAUAUACAACGGGCAACUGGACAUCAUCAUAGCCUACCCCCUGACCGAGAACUUCCUUAAGGGCCUGCAAUGGGAGCGCAGUGAGGAGUUCAAGAGCUCGCAGCGGUACAUCUGGCGUGUGGAUGAUGAAGUGGCUGGGUACGUGCGAGAAAUCACUGGGUUUGUUCAGGUGAUGAUCCGCAAUGCUGGUCACAUGGUCCCGUAUGACCAGCCCAAGUGGGCAUAUGACAUGAUCAGUCGCUUCACAUCAGUCAAAUCCUUCUCAGAGGCUUAAGGUCUGUUUUGGAUGUGUUUGACUGGUUUGUGUGAAAUCACUAGGUCUGAUUUAGGAUUAUGUGUGUGAAAAGAACUACUAAUUUUUUUCUUGUGAUGAGGUCAAGAAGAGGAAGGUUCAUUGAAGGUAUUAAUUAUAAUGAACUUACAGGUUGUCACUGAGAAAGUUUCCUGGAGAAGAUAUAGAUGUAGUCAUACUUCAAAGGUUGUAUUGAUACUUAGUGUACACUGUGAUACUUACCAGUGAUUUUCUCCCUUUUCGUAGCAUUUGUCUGCUGUAUGAGAGUAUGCUCACAAGGUAUUCACAUGUAAAAUGCACUGCUCUUUCAAUAGGGUCAGCUAAUGUUCUGUAUGGCUAGUAUUAUGAAAUAAUGUAAUAUAUAUUGCAUUUGAAAAUAUGUUCAAUAGGAAGUACAUAUCCCUUUCAUUUACAAUUUUCACAUGCGUUUUAGGCAGAAGAUACAAUGGAUUAGACAGAAUUAGAGAAAAAUCCUGUAUCUUGCAAAUUUAAGAUCUGAGGAUUGAUAAGAAAUGGUAUAUAUUGACUUAGAUAAUACUCAUUAACAAAAUGAUAUUUUUAUUUCGUUCUGAUUGUGAGUAAUGAUAAAACGAGAGAAGUCUGUUUUUUAAUCACUGUGUAAAGAAACUGUAUCUUAUUUUUUUUAGACACAAAAUUAUGAAUAAAAUCAUUAAUUAAAGAUGAGAAUGCAUUUUUCUAACCAAAAGAAAUGUUCUUUCAUAUAUAUGUAAUGGAAACACACCUGUCUUUAGAUACAUUAUGUGGGUUAACUUAGAAGAGCAUUCAUUCCAAGAUUAGUCAUUUGAUAAAACUGGAAACAAGAUGAGUAUGUGUGGGAUAUUAUUGUCUUCUCCAAGAUCUUAUAAACAUUAUCAGGAUGUAAUUUCAGUGAUAAGAUUUUUUCAGACAAGGUUUCAGUAUUUCAGGUAAUAUAUUGUUCUUUCUUUCUUUCUUUUCUUUUUUUGUAUCUUUAUCUUUGUUUCUUUUGUUUAUAUAUCUUUGAGUCUGAUUUUCAUUUGAUAGAGAAGAUAUAUUCAUAUUUGAUCAUUGGGGUGACUCUAGUUUUCCAAUGUUACUAAAAUAUUGGGAACUAAUUCUUUAUAUAUUUAUAUAUGAUAUUAUACUUGUAACUUGUAGAGGACAUGAAUGAGAGAAAGAGAAAGAGAGAAGGAUAAAGAGAAGAACAAGGAGAAGGAGAAGGAAGGGAGAGGAAUAUUUUGUAAAUAUUUAUAUUUUUUAUAUAAAUAAGGAUUAGAUUAAUUUAGAAAGUUUGUGUAUCAUUUAUUUAAAGUACGAGCAUUACAAUAGAAUUUCUAAAAAUAAAUUUUAAAGUGUUUUGGUUGUCGAUAACUGAUUUAUGUCCUGGUAGUGUCAUGUUAGAGCACUUUUGUGAGAAUUUAUCUAUUGAGUAACCAUGUAUGAAAAAAAAUAAUGGGCCAAUAUUAUAUACAAAAUGCACAAAAAUGUAUAUGACAGAGCAUGAAUGAAAAAAAAAAAUGUUAUAUCCUAUCCAAAAAAAA